AUGGCUGCAACUGCUUUUGUCUCUGGUGCUACUGGAUUUAUCGCUCAACACAUUGUUAAGCAACUACUUGAAAAAGGAUACAAUGUUGUCGGAUCAGUAAGAUCUGAAUCUAAAGGAGAAAACUUAAAGAAGAACUUUGGUUCAAACUUCUCUUAUGAGAUCGUUGAAGAUUUAGAGACCGUGGGUGCUUUCGACAAAGCCUUAAAGAAACACCCAGAAGUGACCGUGUUUCUCCACACAGCUUCACCUGUUACAUUUCAAGCUAAAGACAAUGAAAAAGAUAUAAUCUUACCUGCUAUUAAUGGUACCGUCAAUGUCUUAAAAGCAAUCAAGGCAUCGGCUCCACAGAUAACCAAGGUUGUCAUCACCUCUUCUGCUGUAACUCAAUUCAAUAUAGAAGAUAUGGAUGCUAGUUUCUCUGAGGAGUCAUGGAAUCAAAUCACAUAUGAGCGUGCUAAGCAAGAUGGAUUUGCAGCUUAUUUCGGCUCCAAGACUUUUGCUGAGAAGGCGGGAAUUGAGUUCGUUGAGAAGGAAAAGCCUCACUUCACUGUAUCCACUGUUCAUCCAGUCUAUGUGUUUGGACCUCAAGCUUUUGACCUGGAAGCUAAGGGUGAAUUGAAUUUGACUAAUGGUAUUGUUAGUAGCUUGUUAGCAUUGAAAGCUGGCCAAGAUGGAGAAGUUCCAUCUCAAAGCGGUCCAUUUGUUGAUGUAAGAUACGUCGCAGAAGCUCAUAUUAUCGAAAUUGAAAAACCAUCCAACGGCUUGAGAGUCAUUACAUAUAAUGAAGGAUUCAGCAGUCAAAAGAUAUUGAACAUAAUUAACAAGAACUUUCCCGAAUUAAAUCUUAUUAAGGGAAGUCCAAGCGAAAAUUUAUCUGGUGGUGAACAUGUUGAUGACGCUAAAUCUAAGGCUUACUUAGGCUUGAAGAACAUUUCUUUGGAAAAGUCUGUGGUGGACUUGGUUAAGCAAUAUGUUGAAGCUAAUAAAUAG